AUGGAGCCAAGAGGCAUUUCAUUCAUACUUAUUGAAAUUGUAAUGUUGGACUUUGGCCUCCUCUGGGUCUUUUUGUGGGAGAAGGGCUACCAGGAAACAGACUCGGUGGUCAGUUCCGUAACCACAAAGGUGAAAGGAGUAACGCUGACAAACACAUCCACCUUGGGAGCCAUGAUCUGGGAUGUAGCUGACUACGUCAUCCCUCCUCAGGAGGAGAACACUGUGUUUGUCAUGACCAAUGUGAUACUCACGCUGAACCAGCACCAAGGCCGCUGCCCAGAGCUUCCAGAUGAUGAAACAGAGUGCAAGGAGAAGAGCGACUGUGUUCCAGGAUAUGUCAGCACCCACAGCAAUGGCAUCCAGACUGGGGAUUGUGUACCGUACAACGACAGCAUUAAGACCUGUGAAGUCUUUGCAUGGUGCCCUGUAGAGGAUGACUAUCACGUACCCAACAACAUUUGGUACCCCAAGUUCAACUUCAGCAAGCGAAACAUCCUCCCCACUAUCAACUCUACCUACCUCAAGAACUGCAUCUAUGACUCCCAGACAGAUCCCUUCUGCCCUAUCUUUCGUUUAGGGAAAAUCGUUGAAGCUGCAGAGCAGAACUUCCAGGAAAUGGCUGUGGAGGGUGGAGUCAUGGCGCUGCAGAUCAACUGGGACUGCAACCUUGACAGAGCUGCUUCCCACUGUGUGCCAAAGUACUCCUUCCGGCGCCUUGACAACAAGGACUCUGCCCACACUGUCUCGCCUGGCUACAACUUCAGGUUUGCGAAAUACUACAAGGAUAGUAAUGGCACUGAAUCACGGACGCUUGUCAAAGCUUAUGGCAUCCGCUUUGAUAUCAUAGUGUUUGGAAAGGCAGGAAAAUUUGAUGUAAUUCCUACAAUGAUUAACAUCGGCUCUGGCUUAGCGCUCUUUGGCGUGGCAACAGUGCUGUGUGACAUUGUUGUUCUGUAUUGCAUGAAGAAGAAAUACUACUAUCGGGAGAAGAAGUACAAAUAUGUGGAGGAUUAUGAACUGGGAGUCAGUGAGACAUACGGAACAAACUCCUGACCUCCUGCUGCUACAGCACCAACUGCUGCUGUGAACUGCUGCUGUGACUCUUACUCUGACCCUGCCAAGAGACCCACCCCCUCUCCGUUGGAAGGAAGAGGGGCACGAAACUGAGGAAGGAACCUUCUUUACUACUCUUCACUACUUUUGCUGGCUGGAGCCAACCCC